UUUUUGUGGCCAUCACAAGCACCAAGAUGCGAUCCGUACUGCUGCGUGCGGUGACCCGCCCGUCCUUUGUCCGCGCGCCCAUGCCUGCCUUUGCGGCGGCCUUCUCGACGGCAACCGAGGUGACGCCGGCGGCGCGCAAGUUGGCUUUCAAGGCCAAGCUCGAAGAAGCGCGCGCGCAAGCGCUGCUUGGUGGCGGCGCGCAUCGCCAGGACGCGCAGCACAAGAAGGGCAAGCUCACGGCCCGCGAGCGCAUUGAGCUCCUCCUCGAUGAAGGCUCGUUCCGCGAGUACGACAUGCUCAAGUCGCACCGCUGCAAGGACUUUGGCAUGGAGACGCAGCACUACCCGGGCGACGGUGUCAUCACGGGCCACGGCAAGAUCAACGGCCGCUUGACGUUCGUCUUUAGCCAAGACUUUACGGUGCUGGGUGGCAGUUUGUCCGAGACGUACGCCGAGAAGAUCAUCAAGGUCAUGGACAAGGCCAUGAAGAUGGGCGCGCCGGUGAUCGGGCUCAACGACUCGGGUGGCGCGCGCAUCCAGGAAGGCGUCGCGUCGCUCGCGGGGUACGCCGACAUUUUCCAGCAGAACGUCCUCGCGUCCGGCGUCGUGCCGCAGCUCACGAUGAUCAUGGGCCCGUGCGCCGGCGGCGCCGUCUACUCGCCGGCGAUGACGGACUUUGUCUUUAUGUGCAAGGACACGUCGUACAUGUUUGUGACGGGGCCCGAUGUCGUCAAGACGGUCACGAACGAAGAGGUGACGCAGGAGCAGCUCGGUGGCGCCGUCACGCACACCAAGACGUCGGGCGUCGCGCACAAGGCCUUUGACAACGACGUCGAAGCGCUCCGCGAGAUGCGCCGCUUCUUUGACUUUCUCCCGCUCAACAACAAGGAGUCGCCGCCGACGCGCGCCAAGGACGACGACCGCCACCGCCCGGUGCCCACGCUCGAGUCGAUCGUGCCGCCGGACCCGAACGUUCCGUACAACAUGCGCGACGUGAUCCACCAGCUCGUCGACAAUGGCGACUUUUACGAGAUCAUGAACGACUACGCCAAGAACAUUCUGAUCGGCAUGGCGCGCUUCGAAGGCCGCGUCGUCGGUAUCGUGGCCAACCAGCCGAUGGAGCUCGCGGGCUGCCUCGACAUCAACUCGUCGAUCAAGGCCGCGCGCUUCGUGCGCUUCUGCGACGCGUUCAACAUCCCGCUCGUGACGCUCGUCGACGUCCCCGGCUUCCUCCCGGGCACGGACCAAGAGUACGCGGGUAUCAUUCGCCACGGCGCCAAGCUUUUGUAUGCGUACGCCGAAGCGACCGUGCCCAAGAUCACGGUGAUUACGCGCAAGGCGUACGGCGGCGCGUACGACGUCAUGGCCUCCAAGCACCUCCGCGGCGACGUCAACUAUGCGUGGCCGUCGGCCGAGAUUGCCGUCAUGGGCGCCAAGGGCGCGGUCGAGAUCAUCUUCCGCGGCCAAAACGUCGAGGCCAACACGGCCGACUAUGAGGAAAAGUUCGCCAACCCGAUGGUGGCCGCCCAGCGCGGCUUCGUCGACGACAUCAUUGAGCCGACUGCGACGCGCCUCCGCAUCUGCGAGGACCUCGACGUGCUCCAGAACAAGAAGCUCGAGAACCCGUGGAAGAAGCACGGCAACAUCCCGCUCUAAGCAGCGUUCGUAUCCAUACAGUACCUUUUGUCAAUCCACGAGCGUAUCUCUUCUGCCGUCA